CUACCCUGCAGCGCUCACCUGGAGAUGAGAUUGACAGCAGCAUUGGCUGUGCGUGGAGGGAAGAACUCCAGGGAGAACCACUUGUCUCCAGCAUCCUGCCGGCGGCGCAUCUUCUCCCGCAGCCGCUCGUGCCGGUCAGCGUCAAGGACGGGCGUCGAACAGCGCGAGUUGUCCUUGGAGCUCUCGCUUCCGCUGCUGCUGCCGCCAUCAGACCUGGAGCUGGAGCUGGCACUGCAGACAAUCCUAGGAGAAACUCAUGAAGAGGAGGAUGAGAUCCUUCCACGCAAAGACUAUGAGAGCCUGGAUUAUGAUCGCUGUAUCAAUGACCCCUACUUGGAAAUUUUGGAGAGCAUGGACAACAAGAAAGCCCAGAGAUACGAAGCAGUGAAGUGGGUGCUGGUUUUUGCUAUUGGAGUCUGUACAGGACUGGUGGGCCUCUUUGUGGAUUUCUUUGUGCGGCUCUUUACCCAGCUCAAGUUUCAGGUGGUACAGAGCUCGGUGGAGGAAUGCACUGAGAAAGGCUGCCUUGCACUGUCCUUGUUGGAGCUGCUGGGGUUCAACCUGACCUUUGUUUUUCUUGCCAGUCUUCUCGUCCUGAUCCAACCUGUAGCAGCUGGGUCAGGAAUUCCUGAAAUUAAGUGCUACCUCAAUGGAGUGAAGGUUCCAGGGGUUGUGCGUCUGCGGACAGUGGUGUGCAAAGCUACAGGAGUGCUCUUCAGUGUGGCAGGAGGUCUUUUUGUUGGGAAGGAGGGUCCAAUGAUUCACAGUGGUGCUGUCGUGGGUGCAGGCUUGCCACAGUUCCAGAGCAUCUCUUUGAGGAAGAUCCAGUUUAACUUUCCCUAUUUCCGAAGUGACAGGGAUAAAAGGGAUUUUGUAUCUGCUGGAGCAGCUGCAGGGGUUGCAGCUGCCUUUGGAGCCCCAAUUGGAGGCACUCUUUUUAGUCUGGAAGAGGGUUCCUCCUUCUGGAACCAGGGACUUACAUGGAAAGUGCUUUUCUGUUCCAUGGCUGCCACCUUCACCCUAAAUUUUUUCCGCUCUGGGAUUCAGUUUGGAAGCUGGGGGUCUUUCCAGCUCCCUGGGCUGCUGAACUUUGGGGAGUUUAAGUGCUCUGAGUCUGAUAAGAAAUGCCACCUCUGGACAGCUGUGGAUUUGGGCUUCUUCAUUCUGAUGGGGAUUGUAGGAGGCCUUCUUGGAGCCACCUUUAACUGCCUGAACAAGAGACUUGCCAAGUACCGCAUGCGCAACGUUCAUCCCAAGCCAAAGCUGGUCAGAGUCUUGGAGAGCUUGCUUGUGUCACUGACCACCACCGUCACGGUCUUUGUAGCCUCCAUGGUUCUGGGGGAAUGCCGGCAGAUGUCUUCCAGCAGGCACAGUGGCAAUGACACCCUGAGCCUGCAGGAUAUAUCAGAGGAUGUGAAUUCAAGCAUCAAAACUUUUUUUUGCCCAAAUGAAACAUACAAUGACAUGGCCACGCUCUUCUUCAACCCUCAAGAGUCAGCUAUCCUGCAGCUUUUCCACCAGGACGGUACUUUCAGCCCAGUCACCCUAUCCCUGUUCUUCCUUCUCUAUUUCUUACUCUCCUGCUGGACAUAUGGGAUCUCUGUGCCCAGUGGUCUGUUUGUACCAUCACUGCUUUGUGGGGCUGCCUUCGGACGCCUGGUCGCCAACCUCCUCAAAAGCUACAUUGGCCUGGAUCACAUCUACUCAGGAACCUUUGCACUGAUCGGGGCAGCAGCAUUCCUGGGAGGAGUGGUCCGCAUGACCAUCAGCCUGACUGUCAUCCUCAUCGAGUCCACCAACGAGAUCACCUAUGGGCUCCCCAUAAUGAUCACCCUCAUGGUAGCCAAGUGGACAGGAGACUUUUUCAACAAAGGCAUCUAUGACAUCCAUGUGAACUUGCGAGGAGUGCCUCUUCUGGAGUGGGAAACAGAGGUGGAAAUGGAUAAACUACGAGCCAGUGACAUCAUGGAACCCAACUUGACCUACGUGUACCCACACACCCGGAUCCAGUCCCUCGUUAGCAUCCUGCGCACGACUGUCCAUCAUGCCUUCCCUGUGGUGACAGAGAAUCGGGGCAAUGAGAGGGAGUUCAUGAAGGGAAAUCAGCUGAUAAGUAACAACAUCAAAUUCAAGAAAUCCAGCAUCCUCACCCGAGCUGGAGAGCAGCGCAAGCGUAGCCAGUCCAUGAAAUCCUACCCUUCGAGUGAGCUGAGGAACAUGUGUGAUGAGCACAUAGCAACAGAGGAGCCUCCUGAAAAGGAGGAUCUGCUGCAACAGAUGCUGGAGAGAAGAUACACUCCUUACCCCAACCUGUACCCUGACCAGUCUCCCAGUGAGGAGUGGACCAUGGAGGAACGCUUCAGACCUUUGACCUUCCAUGGCUUGAUCUUGCGCUCACAGCUGGUCACCCUUCUUGACCGGGGGGUUUGCUACUCCGAGAGCCAGUCGAGUGCAAGUCAGCCCCGUCUGUCCCACGCAGAGAUGUCAGAGGAUUAUCCCCGCUAUCCAGAUAUCCAUGAUCUGGACCUCACAUUGCUGAACCCUCGUAUGAUAGUGGAUGUCACCCCAUACAUGAACCCAUCACCCUUUACUGUCUCUCCAAAUACUCAUGUGUCACAAGUCUUCAACCUGUUCAGGACAAUGGGACUCAGGCAUUUACCAGUUGUGAAUGCAGUUGGAGAGGUUGUUGGGAUAAUCACUCGGCACAACCUGACCCAUGAAUUCCUGCAGGCAAGACUGAGACAGCACUAUCAGACCAUUUGAUGCCCCUGCCCCUCUGUCAGUGUGGCUUCCUCCCUCCUCCAAGCCUGCACACACGCUCGCAUUCUGCUUGGGCCGCACCAGGCCCAGGACUCGCCGUUCGGCUUCUCACAUGCAUAUCAAGCCUGGGGAACUGGAAAACAUCUUGCUUGCCAGAGAAUUAGAGGAGCUGCCUGAGCCCAGAGCUGUUGAUUGGCCUCAGGCACAUGGUUUGACAACUCUUGAUCCAGGUGUUUUCUUCCCCUGUCCCCCAGUUAUCUCCUUCCAUCAGAUGUUGUCCUGACACUGCGUGUUCUGCCGUUUUGUUUUGGGCUUUUCUGGAGAGUUGGAAAAAAGAACCAUUUCCCUCCACUGCCCUUACUCUGGGCAAAGAACUGCAGCAUCUUUCCCUUCCUCCUGUAUGUCUCCCUUUUCCUCUUCCUCCCUUGUUCCUGCAACUGUUGCCUUAUUUGUGUGAGAAGGCGGUUGCUGUCACCGCUGAGAGGAGAUACUGAAGUUUGCAGAUAUCAAGUAGCUGCUCUGGAGGGUGGUUUCUUGCAAAAGCAGUAUUUAAAAAUCCAGCAUUUUGGAAAUACACCUGUCUUUGCAAGACAGGCAUACUUCUUUUCUAUAUAUAUAUCCUUUGCCCAUGUUUUCUCACUCUGGAUUCAUUAAUUUCUGUCCUUCUUUCAUGAGGAAGUGUUUCUUCUGUGAUGUUUUUGACAGCAGAUGACUUUUGAGAGCAGCUCAGCAGAUUUGGAGUUCAAAAUGGUUACAUUUCAGUUACUGUUUUGGUUUAUAAAUGUUUAAUACAUUUGCAAAGCAUCUCAGAGAAAGGGAUAUCUCUUUCCUGUUAGCUGUUGAUAUUUCCCUGUAGGAGACUGUUCUGAGAUGCUUGGUGGCACUCCACUUUGACAUUCCUGCAUUUCUUGGCAUUUGUAGGCACUUUGUCCUUGCACUGCUCAAACAGUGAGAGCCUGGUGCACCUUUCCAGCUGGAGUCAGAGACCAGGGAACUCCACAUCCUGAGAGCAUGGAGAAGUGUUGCUGGAGGCAAAUAGAACUGACAGUCUCUGGGCUUGGUUGAGUUAUCUCUGUGUCAUGAAGGAACUGCUGUAGUUUCAGGCUGCCAUAAGGAGGGAUACUUAGUGCUGGUGACUAAGGCAGGAUCUCCUACAGGUGAUAAGUGGGGCUGUCUGUGCUCUAAAAAUGUUUGGGAUAAUGUUUGCAACCCAUAAGGGUAAAAUCAGCACUUAGGAACCAGUUGGAGCCAGUUCAGUGCUUUAGCAGGUACCAUCCUGGCCAGCACCUGUAUUGUUCCAGCAGGUACCUGCCCUCCUGAGUUCUGUGUGCAGAUAACCCUCAGUGGGAAGCCAGUGCUGUGCCUCAGGGACUGCAGAGCUGAUUGGCUUGAUAAAGCACAGAGCAUUCUCUCAGCCAAGAUCCUGGGACAAGUUACAUGGGGAAUGUAUUCCAGAAAAGCUUCUACUUCAGCCUCUGAGCCAUCCAGUUAACCUGUUGUCUGCCAUAAGGAGCUGCUUAGGUGGGAAUUGGGACAGAAGAAAGGCAAUUGUUGAUUUUCUCUGUUUCCUUAGAGAAUAGGAGUUGGCAUCAGCUACUACUCUUGAUUUGUGAGUUCUUUCCCUUUAAGUAGAGUAAGGAUGUUUGUUCUGUCAGGAUAGUCUCUGCAGGUGUUGUCUAAAAUGCCUUUUCCCUGAGCUCUGGUCUUACACUGAGCUAUCCCAGGAACCUUCCAGCACCCAUUUGCACUCCCUGAAGUUGGACUCUACAUUUGAAAUAUGCUUAUGUUAGGCUACCUUUCAUUCAAAAGAUUUGUGCUCCUGAGUAGUUACGAAUCGUAGCAAUCCUGUGGGAUUUUGUGGGAUUUCAGAUCACUCAUGUGGAAUUGGCAAUCCUGUACUGUUAGAGCACCUGUCAAGAAUGCCCUGUGUCCCCCCAUGACAAAUGUUUUUCCUCUUGCUCAUGUUGAGUGUGUGUGGAAGGGAGGGAUCCUCUUCCUGCACAUGAAUAAGGCUCCUUAGGUUGUUUGCCAUGAGCUGGUCCUGUUUUAUUUCUUUACACAAGCAGCAGGGUAUUUUGCUGCAGGAUGUCUUUGCUGCUGAGGCUAGAGUUGGUCAAUUCACACAAGUCAGGCUGGAGAAUCUUGUUGAGGUUUUUCUGGGCACCAGAUGCUUCCCCAAGUACCUGUUGGCAGCACUGUCUGCCCUGCCUGGGCAUCUUAUUCAAAUGUUUCAGCUGGAAAACACACCCUUUCAUUCUUUCAGUAAAGAAAUUUUCAGUGAGGAUGGUGGGUGACCCUGUCAGCUGCUUUAAAGGGAAAUCUCAGUGUCCAGUUACUAUUCUGUAGCCUGCAGAAGAGGAAUUUCAAGUUCAGCUGACAUUUGGAGAUUCAGCAUUUCUCUUCUGAUGAGGACUGAUGCCAAGGAGCUUGUGUUGAAUCAGUCUUUUUCUCACACUUCAGUUACUUAAUUCCCUUCUUACAACACACUACUUCUACCCUGGCUGUAGUUGCUUAGUGAUUUAUCAAGAAACUUACUCUAACAUAGGUGCCUGUAACAUUUUAACAGAGCAACACUAAGGGAAAGAUAACCCAGAACUGGGUUUGUUCUGAUGGCAAGGUUAGGGGCUUAGUCUGGGGCCUUCUCCCUUGCCUCGUGGUUUCCUGUGCAGUGUUAAUUAUGCAGUUUUGAAUUAUUAUUUACUAUUAUUAAUUACUGUGAACCAUUCCAGUGGUAGCAACUUACCUUUCCAUUUGUGGUUUUUUUUUUGCACUGUUUUUUGUUAUGAAAUGAUGUAAGCUAAUUCCAUGGUGUGUGUAUAUAAAUUGUAUUUUUUUUAAAUUUGUAUGAAUAUAUUUUUAUUUGAACUAUGGCACUUGGGAAGUAUUCAUGUAGCUGUAACAUGUCUGAGAGUAAAAUGUUUGUGUGUCUCCUUCAGCACUUUCAAGGCCUUUUGAUGUUUCUAGUAUUGUUUUAUUUUUGCCCUUUAUGAUAAUAAAACUAGUAGAACAUGGCAACAUCCAAGAGAAUGAUUUGAAGUAGUUGAGUAGCUGCUGUUUGUGAGUUGUGUGGAUCUAACAGUUUGUGCAGAAGGUGCCCUGAGCCAGGCAGAGGAAUGGCUGUGAUCCAUUAGGUUGUGACCACUGGAGUUCCACAUUCUCACAGCAGCUGUUUCAAAGGAGGGAAUUGCCAUGUUUGAUAAGGAGAUAAACUGUGCACAUUGUGCUGCUUUUCUUACCUGGGAACUCACCUUCCUCCCAGUAAGUUUAUGAAAGAGGUUUAGACUACAGUGUGGCACCUCUUGUUUUACCUCUCCAGGAUGUGAAAUAUCUUAAUUCCAUCUUUAAUGUUUAUUUAAUUUGUGGCUCUCUUUCCUGCUGUGUCCUGCUGUCUGCCUUACAGAAAAGAAUUUGUGACAAUUUUUGAGUUUUCAUCACAUGCUUACAGGCAAAAAAUACAAGUCUUUGAGCACUGGAGAAAUAAUCUGACCCAAAAAGCUCGCUGCCUUUCCAUGUUUCUGUGCAUCAGGGGGCUGUGUUUGCACAGGAUGCACUUGGUAGCUUUCUGAGGCUCUGUAACACAGAGUUAGCCAGCAGCUUGUCUGCCUCCUGCCCUCUGGCUCUCCCUUGGUGGGUAUCUCAUGCCAGGGAAAGCCUGAGUUAGGUAAAACCAUCUCUUGGGAGGGAAUGGCAGAAAAUCUGAUUUGAGGAGCUGAAGAAGUGCCACAGUGGUCUUAACUAAGCAAGGAAUAGGAGGGAUACCCCAGCAGGGUUAGGAAGGAGUCAUCAGGAGAAAGGGCUGGGGGAACUGCUGAAGCUCUGUGCUGCCUUUGGUCAUAAAUGCAGCAGCACAGGAGGGAAUGGGAGAGGUUUAUAGACUUGUUGAGUCCAACCACGUGUCAUUGUCCCUGUAAUGACACACUGGGGCCCUAGCAGAAAAAAAUUAUUGGUAUCCAGUGAGAUUAUUAUUAUUUUUUAAAUUUUUGCUUUGCUAGCAGGAUACAAGCUGCCUCUUCAGUGUGUGUGCAUCCUCACAGGCAUGUGCAUUCCCAGUUGUGAUCAUGCAGCAAGGUGCUGGAAGGAACAGAGGAUGGCUGCCCAGAGCUUUGGCUGUUGCAGGGGUGGAAGGAGAGAGUGAAGCUGCUCUUCUUGUCCAGGGUGCUGAAGGGCUUUUCAGUGGCAGUGGGACACACUCAGCCUCCUCUACAUCCACUGCUCAAAUGCAGUCUGAAAAGGAUUCCUGGGAGCUGGGAUGAGACAUCAGUGAGCUCCACUGCUGUCUGGGAAGGAAGGGGAGCCAGUCAGUGAGGUCUGGAGAUUGAGAUCAUGGUUUAAAAGUGAGCAGGAUGACCCUUUCUCCAGGCUGCUUCAAUUCCUGUAUGGACUAUGUAUGGUUUAACACACAUCUUACUGAUCCUCUAAGCAUUUUGGAGCUGAGACUGGAACCCCUAUAUACAGUUUCAGUAGAAAACAAUACUGUGUUGAAAACUUACGACAAACAGAUCAGACAUGACAACUCUGAGACCUUUGUUGACUCCCCCAGCAGCUUUUUGUUGCCUGUAUCAGCAGAGAGAAUAUCUCUCUGGGAUGGCUGAAUUAACACACCAGUUUUAUCUUUCCUUUCUAUCCUCCCAAUUCCCAGCAUGACUGGCCUGACUCUAGCUGCCUUCUGUUUUCAUAAACUUCUCCUCCUCCCCACUCUGCUCUUUAAGUACAGGAUUGUGCUGGUUUUCCAAGAGAGCAGUCAGGAGAAAUUCUUACAAAUCUUCCUUCCUUCCCACAUAAAAGUGCAGGACACACUUAUCAAGCAGAUGUCAAUCAGCAAAGGCCUUUGGGGGCCAAGAUUCAGGGGAAGUAAAUCAAGCAAGCUGGCUGCAGCCAGAUUGGGAUGUGACCUGGCACAGCUCCACGUCUCCCUGCAGCACUGGAGGAUGUGUGCCCUGGACUUCACACAGGAUUUCUUAGAGAAACCCAGCAGUGCUGACAGCUCCUCUUGGCAAUCUUGCCUCCCAACUUGGAUUCCAGUGGAAGCAUUUGGUUUAGUGAGAGGCUGGAUAGGGAUAGUGCAGUGUCUGAGGAGGCAAAGAAAUCAUUAAAUCUAAUUUGCAAAUAUACCCCAUACCAAGCAGACCCCUAUUCCAAACAAGGCUCAUGCCUUACAGAGUGCAUGGAGCACACUAAUGGAAUUACUGUUUCAGAAACCAAAGCAAAGCAAGCUGCUGAAUUAUGCAGGGCCCAUCAUGGGUACUGUUAGGAAGUUAGAAUGAAGUCUGGCAGGGCAGGAGGUGGCAAAUGUCACUGUGGAGGGUGUUAGCCUGGUCUGUCCCUGGUCCUACAGGGAUAUUUCUUCAUUUACAUGAUGGCUGUUCCCAGGAUUGUUCCCUGCUCUCUCUGAUCCAGCUCUCAUAGCAACAGUGGCAACUUUUUUUCAUCCUUAGGGGUGAUGUUUGCCUGUAGAGCUGAUCUCUGUCCAGUUUCUCCCAUUCAGCUUUUCCCAGUGCUUACUCCUGAGCGCAGCACUAUUCUGACCUGGCUGUGAGAUUUCCCUGAGGGUGCUUUACAGCUCGGUGUGUGUAUGGGAGUAGCAGUAAAAAUCCAGUCAGAAAUGCUUUUUUCCUCGAUUGCUUACCCUCAAUUAGGUUCUCCCAGACCUCAGGGUCUAUUAACAUACUGUCUGCAAGCCAAUACAGACUUGUUCCACCAGGAACUGGCUUGCUGUUAAUACUGGACCCACCUGGCUUUAGGUCAGGCUGCAUUAUUGCCUCUUCUUGCCAUUUUUAGCACAUUCCACUGAACUAAUCAGUGUUUUGUGCCUUGAGGGGCUGACAGGGAGGGACAAUUUACAGUGUCUGUGCAAGUUGUGCUUGACUGGGUAAAAUUCAGCUCCAGCAAGAGCUAUUGUUAGUUAUUGUUAUUGUACAUGAAUUGUUUCUACUUUCAGCAGCACAGGGGAAGUCAGGCUGUUUCCCACUGCUGGUGUGGAGGGAUCCAUCUGCAUGUUCCCAUCGUGCUGCAGUGGGUGUGUUUGGAAAGCCUUUUUUAGAAGACAAAGCUCCAUUGUCCCCACAAGGGCUCCCCAAAGGCUGACUUCACACCCCCUUGAUCUGUGAAAUUGCUUAAAUGCAAAGUCACUGUAGCUUUCACUGCAGAGAUUUCCCAUGGAUACUGCUGAGAAUCUUAACCUGGGUAUUUAUUUAUUUUUCUUUCAGGGAAAUCUGUGUGGACACUAUUCCACAAAGUAUUUUAUCUGUAGCUGGUGCUGCUGGAAGGAGAGGAUUUAUAUGACACUGUGGUUUCCUGUUGGAGUGCAGCAAAAUUAUUCCCUCAGAUUGGACUUCUGCCCUUCUUCCCUAGGAAAGAAUCCCAAGGCCCAGUGUGGAGAGGAGCACACAGAUCCCUCUUGGAGCCCAUGUCAGCAGUACAGGCAGUGACUGGGAGGGUGUCAGAAAUGUGAUGUGUGACAUGAGCCCCAGUUAAGUGUUGCAGCAGCCUUAGCUGUGACUGGCCCUGUGCAGGAGGAGUGUGCUCUUGAGUUUACCCUUUCCCUGGAGCUGUGGUGCCUGAGAGCUGUUGUCAGCAGCUCUGGAACACCCCUUCCAUACCUUAUCCUCACCAGGUAGCAUUUCUGUCCCCAGGUGCAUUUGCAUAAGCAGAGUCAGAAUUGGACUGUCCCAGCUGAGUCUGGCCUGGUGCUGCCUUCUUAAGCCCUGAACAAGCUUCUCAGGGUACUCAGGUACAUGGGAAUGAGACUGGGAAUGCCCUGAGAUUCUGGGAAUGAGGCUCAUGAGGUGCUCAAAAUAACACAGUCCCUAGCAGUACGUGCAGUCACUCACAGGACAGUUGUGUUGAGCCAGGCUCGAUGCCAUUGCCAGGGCUCACAUGGGGAUCCAAGCCCUUUGUUCCUUGGGAUGCUGACUGAAUGUGUUUUUGGCAAUAUUACCCUCUUUGGUGGGCUACUAGAAUAUGUUUUGGGUCAAAUUCAGCUCCUAGGUGUGAAAUCUAGCAACUAAGGUUAAAUAAAUCUCAAUGAGACUUCUAGUGUUGCCGUUAGCUGUGUUAGAAGAGCUUUGUGAGGAGCCAUUCCCAGAAAGUGAUAAAUGUUCUGUACAAGCUGCAGUGUAGUUAAGUGAUCCCACCUGCCCUCUCAUGAGGAACAUCAUGAUAAUAUUCAAACCCUUUGAGGAACCUUCAAGAAAUUCUGGGAAUCAGCAUCUCAGCCAGGUGCAGAGUGAGACAAGACACAGUUAAUGAUGUAUCUUUCUGUUGAUGCUCGUAACCUUUAUUUGGUCACUGCUAGAAAACAGAUACAAUUAAUUCCCUUUCCUCCCUCUGGAUAUUUUAAACUUGUGGAGUGUUAUGAUUUCAUUUAUUUCUUUUCAUGUAACUUUAGCUUACAUGAAGCAUUUGUGGCAGUUCCCCUGACUGAAUAAUCUAAAUCAGCAAAAGGACUCUCUUAUUACUGAAACCCUGUCUAUAGGAGGACUUGUGAUGAUCUU